UGUGUGUAUGUCAAAGGACGAGCCGGAGCGGCCUAUUAUCAACAUGAUCAACAAGUGCACAUGAGUGUUUAGGUUACUGAUUACAGGUGAUGUGAUAGUUUGUUUGUGAUAAGCUCUCAGCACAAAGUCCUGCCAGGUACUACAAAUCUGUAGACUACUUGUUCACAUCCAUUUUAUCCUGAUUAGGACCACUGCUGCUUCUGAGGUUGGGUGUCUUACAGCAGCAUCAUGAGUGUAGAGUCCACCAAGCCGCGUGAUGCUUGCUGCUCCAAGCUCAAGCUCUUUCUCGCAUCAAUGGCAUUCGCAUAUUUUGCCAAAGCCUUUGGUGGGGCGUAUAUGAAGAGCUCCAUCACCCAGAUUGAAAGACGCUUUGACAUCCCCAGCUCGCUUAUUGGGGUCAUUGAUGGCAGCUUUGAAAUGGGCAACCUGUUGGUAAUAGCCUUUGUGAGCUACUUUGGUGCCAAGCUCCAUCGUCCCAGACUGAUUGCUAUUGGCUGCUUGAUCAUGGCUUCCGGCUCCUUUCUUAUUAGCCUACCUCACUUUUUGCAGGGCCCGUAUAAAUACGAGACCAGCAUGACUCGCAGUUCAACGGACAAUAACACUGAAAGCAUUCUGCCAUGUUCAUCCAACCACAGUUUGACCGAUAUCGACACUGAUAAUUUGGCAGACCGAGCAGAUUGCGAGAAGGCAGCCGGUUCAUCCAUGUGGGUUUAUGUAUUCGUGGGCAACAUGCUGCGAGGGAUUGGAGAGACUCCCAUCAUGCCUCUGGGAGUGUCCUACCUGGAUGACUUUUCAAAAGAGGAAAAUACUCCUUUUUACUUGGCCUGCAUCCAUACAGUGGGAAUCCUGGGCCCCAUGUUCGGCUACAUGAUGGGAUCUUUCCUCGCUAAGAUCUACGUUGACAUUGGAUUCGUCAAUUUAGAUAGCGUGACCAUCAACUACAAGGACUCCCGCUGGGUCGGAGCCUGGUGGCUGGGCUUUAUCGCGACCGGCACUAUUAUCAUGCUCUCCAGUAUCCCCUUCUGGUUCCUGCCCAAGUCUCUUCCCAAGCAGGGGAAGGAGAAGGACCAGAGUAAAGGUCUGGAGCUCGACACAAAGGCAGAGCUAGAUCAGUUCCUCCCAGACCAGGAUCACCAAGAAAAAGAAGUUACUUUCAAGGAGAUGGCUAAAGAUUUUGUUCCUUCUCUGAAAAGACUCUUCAGGAACAGCAUCUAUUCUCUAAUGAUCCUCACCUACCUCGUGGUAGUCAACGGCUUCAUGGGCAUGAUCACCUUCAAGCCAAAGUUCUUGGAGCAAAUCUACGGCCAGUCGGCCUCCAAGGCCAUUUUCCUCAUAGGUAUCCUCAAUUUGCCAGCAGUUGCCUUAGGCAUCAUUACCGGAGGUUUUGUUCUCAAGCGUUUCAAGCUAGGAGUGAUCGGGGCAGCCCGGGUAUCCAUAACGGCAUCAAUUUGCUCUUUUUGCCUGCUGGUUGUGCAGGUCUUCGUUCAUUGCGAAAGUGCAGAGGUGGCCGGCCUCACUGUCACGUAUCAAGGAAUCCCCGAUGUGUCCUACCAGCCGCAAACGCUGUUGUCACAAUGCAACGCCGGCUGUUCCUGCUCGAUGAAGCAAUGGGAUCCAGUUUGCGCCUACAACGGGAUGACGUACGCUUCUCCCUGUCUGGCUGGUUGUCAAACCUCCACCGGCACUGGAAAAGAAAUCGUGUUCCAUAACUGUUCCUGCAUUACGGAAAUGAUCAGUCCCAGCCAAAACACCUCAGCGGUGUUGGGCCAGUGUUCUAGGAAAAGCGACUGCGAUCGAGUUUUCAAAAUUUACAUGGCUCUGUCCGUGAUUGGCUCCUUUAUAUCAGCGUGCGGCGGCACCCCGGGUUACAUAGUGCUGCUUAGAUCCAUUCAACAAGACUUGAAGUCUCUGGCUUUGGGAAUGCAGACGUUGAUCGUAAGAACUUUGGGUGGGAUACCUCCUCCCAUAUAUUUCGGAGCCCUGAUUGACCGAACCUGUUUAAAGUGGGGGACCAAACACUGCGGAGGCCGCGGCGCGUGCCGACUGUACGACGCCGAUGCGUUCAGGUGGACAUUCAUGGGGUUGGUCAGCGGACUGUACUUCGUGGCGAACGUGAUGUGGUUGGGCCUGUAUCGAAAGAUUGUUCAGAGACAGAAGAAGUUAGCAUUAAGGGAGCAAGCCAAGGAAAACGGAGUCGAGGAGAACGGAGUGAACGGACACGCAAAUAUCAAUAUUGACCAAAACAAAGAUGACACAGAGAAAGAGAGCACUAUUUAACAUUUUUGUUCCAAAUUUUAAUACUUGCUAAGAAUUGGAAGCUGGGGCGCUUCAUUUAGACAAAAGUAUUCAUUAGCUGCUAUUUUGUGGUAUGUAUAGGCAAUGACACUACAGUAUCACCCUUUUUAGAGUUGACGUCAAUAACUCAAGGAUUCUCAUUAGAGUAAGAAACUCCAACAAGGGUUUUUAGUGUGUGUAUAUUUUGUUUUGUAUUAUAUCAAGAAACGGGACGACAAAACAAAUGUGCAUCAUAUUUCGUUACAUAUUCUGUGGGUUAUUGUGCACACGAACUUGUUACAUGUCCUCAUUAGGAGCAGGCGAAUAAGUCAACACUUCCUUAAUCUGUAAUUACUGCUCAUAAUUUGUAUGAUGUAUAUUUGUACAAUUGUACGGAUUGUUACUUUUCAAAAAGAAUUUCACGACUGUUUUUCUUCAUUUGUCAUUAUUACUACAAGUUUAUCACUUCUGACUGACUGAUAUGCUGCCAACCAGCAUUUGUCAACAUG